GCCACACACACAAAACAAGGUUCAGUCAUAUGAUUCACUCACAGGAAGAACUUUGGUCGUGAGGUUUAAAGUGGGCAGAGCAUAAAAGUCUCACACAACAUGGAUUCCUGCCUGAACUGGGAAAUGUCCUAACUCCUGUGUAUUGAAGGAUAUUCCAUUUAAAGUCGGAGCGCUGCAUAAACAUUAAAUUGAAAGGAAGGUAAAACGUAACUUUAUUUUUUACAACAAACAAAUGUAGCGGGCACUCAAUGCGUUUUCACGAGGGAUGUUUGUGUUUUACACUUCGUGUCAUUAGUGAGAAUAUACAUCAUGGACACUCUACAGGAGAACGGGCUACAGCACUCACCUGCACUUGAUAUUCCCGGUCGUGAAAGUACUGCCAAAGAACUCGGAGUACAUGGGACUCCCCUUAAAACAAAGGGAAAGCAUGGGACAGCGAAAAUAAGUUCACCUGUCAAUAAUGUCACGGCGGAGUUUGGGAACCAACAGAAAGUAUCAUUGGUAAACGCACCUGCUCUACCCACGACACCUCUCGAGUUACCUGGCGUUAUGGACGCAGAGGGGAGAGUGGACGAGUCCAGGCUGCGGAUGCACAUUUUCAAGAAUGGUGGUGUGUCCCCUUCGGGGCGUGGCCAGGUGUGGCGUUUCCUGUUCGGGAUGUACCCCUGCAGCUCCACCUCUCUGGAGCGCCCCCUACUGCAGGAGCAGCUCAACGUCCGCUACCACUCCAUGAAGAGGAAGUGGCAGCAGCUUUUUCCUGCCGCUGUCCGACUGCGUAUAAAUGGCACCGAUGCUGAGUUGGUGGCAGCGGUGCGGUACUUCGAUGUGAGGCAGGACAGGGUCCAGCUGCAGGCUCAGAACCAGUGUGACGAGGUCAAGGAGAGGCUGUCCUUCCUGGAGCUACAGGCCCAGGUGUUGUUUGAGCGGGUGACCUUUGAUCUGGAGGAGCUCCAAGAGGCCAUCCGAAUCAUCGACAAGGACGUGCCUCGGACAGACAGAGACCUACCCUACUACUCGGGUGAAGGCUUGGGCAAUCUGCUGGUGUUGAGGGAUAUUCUCAUCACAUAUGCUGCUUUUCACCCAGAGGUGAGCUAUGCUCAGGGGAUGAAUGACCUUUGUAGCCGAUUCCUGGAGGUGCUGGACUCUGAGGUGGACACAUACUGGAGCUUCUCCUGCUACAUGGAGAAGUUCUCCAAGGACUUCCGCGCUGACGGCCUGCACAGGAAGAUAGAGCUGGAGGCAGCACUGCUGAAGGAGUUGGAUCCUCAGCUCCACACCCACCUGAUCACAGAUAGCAUGGAGAGUUUCACCUUCUGUCACAGAUGGCUGCUGCUGGGUUUCCAAAGGGAAUUUGAGCACUGUGACGCCCUGCGUCUCUUUGAGAUCCUGAGCUGUGACCACCUGGAGCUCAUCUCCCAGCAGGUGGACCGCGCCCGCUACCAGGAGAGGAUCGCCCGCAGGCAGAGUAUAGAGGAUAAACCAGUGUCUGAGGCACAGGCCGUCAACACAGAAUUCACCUUUGAACUCUUCAUCUGUGCCACCAUAUUAUUGGACAACAGAGAUGCCCUGCUGAGGUGUAGGAACGAUGUGCAGCUCAUCCAGUUCACCAACAGUUUGCAGGGCACUCUGGACCUGAACCUCACCCUGAAGAAAGCAGAGGAGCAUUUCUACAACUACUGUAAGCGCUCUGCUUGGGACUAUAUGAACGGCCGCUGCAGAACAAGUAAAAACAAGGAGGGACACUUCUUGUUCCAGCUCCGCAGCUUCUUCUCCUGAACCCAGAUCAGUCCUUAACUUAACCUCUUGAACAUUCACCUACAACCUGUAGUAACUGUGUGGUGGACUCAAAACAAGGGACCCAUUUCCUAAGAUGAGUGUGCGCUAUUUACAUCUCUUGUCCACUAACGUUGACACAUUCAUAUUUCUGGGGGAUCUACCUUGAGUGAGUGAUGCUGCUUACUUACCAACAAUUCUGUCAAUUUGGACUCUCUCUUUGUUGUUGUUUCUGAUUAUGUUAAUUUUGAUCUAUUUAUUAUUUAGAAAGGUGUCAAUGAACGGGUAGAAAAGUGUGCAACGCUGAAUUAGUUACAUACGUUCACCUGGAGUUUGGCCUUCUUGAUUUCUAUGUUUUUCUUGCUGAGUUUAGAAGAAAGCCCUGUUUACAAAAUGAUAUACUAAUUAGGAAUAUGAUGUGGCCAGAAGGGGUUCUCACCCUUGAUCUGAGAUUCAACUAUAUAAUAUGUGAUACUACUGGAAGAAAACAAGUCUUGGAACUGCAUCAGGUGGUGGUGGUGGGUUUGGGGGGGGUCUUGUAGGCCCCCAGAACCCUUCCAGACAGUGUGCUAAUACUGUCUGGAAUACUAAAAUAAAUAUGCAUGUCUGUCACAAUCUUGCUUCGUGAAAGUUUGAUAUUAUGUGUGUGGGUUAGUUUGUUGGUGAUUUAAAUGUUUUAUUCUGAUCCAGCUAUUUGCCAUUAAAGGAGAUGUCAUUUUCAAGUGUCCAGUGCUUUUAGGCAGAUAGGAGUGAACAUGUAAUUCCGAGUAUAAUUGGGUUUGGAGCAAUUCAUUAAAAAAUGUUUUACAAACGAAGGCCACCAGUGAGGAGGAUGAUUAUUUCCAGAUGUAUAGCUGCUUGACAUUUCAGUUCCUCGACCUGCAAGUUGGAGAGUGAAGAAUAGGUUUCUGCAUGUUGGAGGGACAUUCUUGUUAUUGUAUGUACGGACUGUUAUUAUAUAAGGGUUAAAUGUAAUAAACUGUGGGACAUUAAA